UCACGUGUUAUUGUACUGGAUACACGUGGAAAUAUUUUUUUUUUUCUAAAUUGAACCAUUGUUGUUUUUAAAUAAUAUAUCAUUUGUCAAAUAAAAUAUCAUUAUUAAUUAAUUAAUUAGCAUUAAAAAUAUUAAUUUUAAUGAUAUAAUACUUAAUCAUUAUAAAUGUAUUUUAUUUAUUCAGUAUUUCGUUACUUAACACCAAAAAAUAUUGAAAAAAUAUUUCAUUAAUUUUUAAAUUGCAAGUACAGUAAGAUAAUAAUUUAUAAAAUAGUGGGAUAAAUACAUAGAGAGUUUGCCUGGAGAAGGUAUAUUAAAUAUCCUGUAAACAAUUUAAUACCCCACUCUUCUAAAAUAAAAAUUUGAACCAGAACACUGCAAUAUUGUAAAAUUGUUCGUUGCAGUGCCAUGUAUUAACGCGCAGUCGUUGUAUUAACAAACAAAUAUAUUGCAUAUAUUAUUUAUUUAUUAUUUCCAAUGAAAUUAUACGUCAAUAUUUAAUAAAAAAAUAAAUUCAUUGUUCUUUAAUUACGUUUCAGUGUUCAGUCAAGUUUUUUUAUAAUCAACAUCAUUAAACGCGUGUAUAACGUUCGAUAAAAGUUUAUUCCUUUUUUUUUAUAUAAAUAUUUCCAAGUGUAUUUAAAUUAAAAUAAUAAUAAAUAAUCAAGUGUCAGCAUUAUUUUUAUAUUUUAUAAUAAUAUUAAGUGUGAUGACAUAAAAAAAAAACCUGUAAUUUAAUAAGAUAAAAUUUAGAAAGUUGAUUCGUCGUUCUACAUUUUGUGACCCAGUACUUGAACGUUGGAAAAUUAUUUGUUACUUUGUUUAUUUAUAAAUUAAAAUUAUUGGUUUUUUUGUGAUAUUUAUCAAGUGUUUUAAUUUAUUAUAAAGUUUAUUUUUCAUAUAUUUUAAAGUGACUAUUUCGUAUGAGUAGAUACAUUUGGAACCUUUUGUCAAAAAAAUAUUUGACAGAAGGAAAUGGUAUUAAUGGAGCAAUUGAUGAUAUGAAAAAUGCUGUUUAUCAAGCUACUCAUAAUGUUGAUGAUGAGACCCACAUGACAACUCCGGAAAUAAUAUUUUUUCAUGGAUAUCAAGCUGAAACUCAUCACAUUUGGACUGAUGAUGGAUAUCGAUUAGAAGCUCAUCGAGUAAAACCACCAGUUAGUGCAAAUAAAAAUUGUGGUAAAAGUAUUAUUGGUAAUGAUCAUAAACAAAAACAAAGACCAACUAUAUUGGUACAUCAUGGAUUAUUAUCAAGUUCAGCUGAUUGGUUAUUAUUGGGUCCAAAAAAAGCAAUGGCUUUUUUGCUGUGUGAUGAAGGCUAUGACGUUUGGUUGGCAAAUGCCAGAGGAAAUAGAUAUUCACAGUGUCACAAACAAUACACAACAAAAGAUCCAAAGUUUUGGGAUUUCAGCUGGCACGAGAUUGGAUAUUAUGAUUUACCAGCAUUAAUUGAUUAUAUUGGUGAAAAAACUGGCAAUCCAAAUAUGCAUUAUAUUGGCUACAGUCAAGGUACAACUGCAUUUUUUGUAAUGGCUAGUGAACGACCAGAAUAUAAUGAUAAAAUUAAAGGAAUGGUUUGUCUAGCACCAAUUGCAUAUCUUGGUAAUCACAGAAGUCCAUUAUUAAAAUGUGUUGUACCACUUCAUAUUGUUAUGAAAUGGGCCAGAACAUAUUGCAAUAUUAAUGAAUUAUUUCCACGUAAUAAAUUGCAAUCAUUGGCAUUUUCAACAAUAAUGAGAAAUGCACCAGAUACACUUGCUCAUACAUUUUGUAAUUGUUGGUUUUAUCUUAUUGCUGGAUUUGGAAGUGAUCAACUUGAUAAAUCAAUGUUACCAAUGAUAUUUGGACAUUUUCCAGCUGGUGCAUCUGCCAAGCAGAUUAUUCAUUAUAGUCAAGCAAUUCAAUCUUCUUCAUUUCAACAAUUUGAUAAUGGUGCAAAAGAAAAUUUAAAAUUAUAUGGAACAAAAGAACCACCCAAGUAUGAUUUGACCAAAGUAAAAGUGCCUGUUGCAAUAUUUCAUAGUGAUAAUGAUUUUCUAAAUCAUCCACUUGAUGUAGAAAGUCUUACUCAAGCAUUGCCAAAUGUCAUUCAAGUACGAAAAAUUGAUUACUCAAAAUUUAAUCAUAUUGAUUAUUUAUGGGGUAGAGAUGCAAAAACUUUAGUUUAUGAUGAUAUUAUUGACGUUUUAAGACGUUUAUAAAUAAUCAUUCAUACAACGAUUUCUAGAGCAUUUGAAAAUCAUAUUUUUUUUUUUCUUUUUAAUAUAAUAAACUGUGAAUUCUCGUUAAUUUAUAAUUAUUUCACGUCACAAUUAUUAAACAUGACUUGUAUUAAUAAAAAAAAAAAAAAAAAAAAAAGAAGAAAAUAUUUAUUUAAAAAAAUUAUAAUUAGGAUAUAAAAAGUAUUUAAUAGAAAAAAAAAAUAAAAAAUAAUUUAUGAAAAUUUAUGAUAUUUGGAAAAAUGAAUAUUGAUAUGUAAAUAUAAAAAUAUGUAAUUAAAUAAAAUACAAUUAAAUUUUUUCUUUCAAAGUAUUUUUUUUUUAUUAUUGAAAUUAUUAUUAUGUUAGUAAAAAAAAAAAAAAAUAUUACAUACGAUCAACUGGUUUUAAACCAAGUAAUAAAAAGCACUGU